AUGAGAAAACAAGCACUGAUAAAGGGGAACUUCGUCCUUGAAGGAAGCAUCUUGAGUAAACUGAAAUUAAUUGGAGCCUGGCUAUUGGCUGAUGGCUCUUCAAUGACAAUUGAAGGAGAAAGUGAAGAGGAGGGUGUUGAACACAAAAGAAAUAACUACAUUAUUCUUCACAAGAGAGGUUACAUAGCUCAUGAAGUGUUGCCACAGAAACCUAAACCAUCUGAAAUUGUCAAGAGACACGAGAGUAUGGAUUUGACCUCCACUUACAAACAUGACUCCUAUGUCCUGAGUAGCUCCAUGCCUCUCCUGUGUGAUAAGACACAUCUUCAGUGCCAAGAUGCAUAUAAGAACUACUUAGAAAGCCAUCAACCAAGCCCCAUGCAGCCACUCACUCACUGCCCCACCAGUGGGAUCACGGGGAGAACUAGAAGGGGCCCUCCUGUAUUCACCAGAAAACCUGAUGUAUAUCUUCCUCCUCUGGAAAUAAUGGACCUCUACACCACUACUCAGGUAUAUUACAAGCACCCAAAUGGUAAGCCAGCCAAGAUGUGUCAACCUUUGGCCCACGUUAAAAAAAUUACUGAGCCAUUCAUUAGCUCUUCUGUAAUGAAAGAAGAAUAUAAGCCUUGGCUGUGCAAGAAAUUAAAACCUAUCACUCACGCUCUGGAGCUGACUUUCCUACAAAAAAAAAUAUAUUUCUUGACUACUUUUCAGACCCAUCAUGCACCUCAUUCGCUCACAGUAUGCAUGGCCUAUUACAAAGACCCACCCGGUUACAUCUUUGAGGGAACCGAUGCUGAUGGUCACAGUCUCUAUAUCACUACUCCCAAGAGUGAGUGCCUGUAAAGGAAACAAGUAAAAAGAGAGCGGACGCAGCCUUCUUGGAAACGGGUUCAAAGAGCAGGGCCUCAGUGAGCUACAAAUGACAGUUUGAUUUUUUUUUGUAACCUUCUUUCAAACCAAUCACCGGGUUUGCAUUUAGAGAGCUCUUAAAAUAAACUUAA